CAUAAGCCUAAAAUUAGAGGACAAUUAACUGCUCAUCCAUUGCACACUCGGUCAGCAUGGGGUGCUGGAAGACCUUGGGAAUAAUUGCGCAGACCAAUAAAUUUACAGAGAUGCUUUAAUCCUGUCUCCCUCCCUAAAGUGUUCUGGAACCUAUCAUUUGAAUUAGCCGAGUCAGGGAGGGAGGGGGCGGGGUGUCCUUCCCCACUUCUUAGGAGGGGCUGCAUUGCAGGGGGAGACUGAGCCGACACCGACAGACUCCGUCACUGAGGAGGGAGAGGGAGUAAGAAGACAAAGCCGUCCAAGCCCCAACGGCUUUCUUUUUGUCCAGCCCAGAGCAGACACCGGAGCCCCCGAGGUACUCCCUCCAUCUUUGGAACACGCUAGUAAUUCAUUGAUAACAGGAAGUUAUGAGGGACCCUGUGAGUAGCCAGUACAGCUCCUUUCUUUUCUGGAGGAUGCCUAUUCCAGAACUGGAUCUGUCGGAGCUGGAAGGCCUGGGUCUGUCAGAUACAUCUGCCUACAAGAUCAAGGACAGCAGCGUUGGCAAAAUGACCGGGCAAGCAACUGAAGCAGAGCAGGAGAAAAACCCUGAAGGCGAUGCCCUCCUUGAGUACAGCACCUUCAACUUCUGGAGAGCUCCCAUUGCCAGCAUCCACUCCUUCGAAUUGGACUUGCUCUAAGCCCAAGACUUCUCUUUCCCACCACCUUGCCCUCAUUGUCAUCCCUUUCAAGCCCCUUCCUUUCCACUCUUUUCCCCUAUUAAUCUUGCUCUCUCCCCUCUAUUGUGUUGAGGUGGUGGGGAUGAAUCUGCUUAGACUUGUCUUGUGUUAUUUAUUUAUUUAUCUAUCUAUUUAUCUGUCUUUCUUUCUUUCUUAUCACUUUCUCUCAAAAGCCCUCAAGUCACAAAGUAAAGGGUUCAAGCAAUGGAGUAUUGGGUCACAAGGAUUCCUCCUUUCCCCCGCAGAUAUUAAUUCCAGAAAACAGUCUUGAUGGGGGCACUAGAGCAUAGUAUAGCAGUGCAGUAGAGGAAAAUGGAGGACUGAUUUUUCACUUCAUUUUAAUCUGCUUCAGAGAUUGCCCAAACCUUCCUAAUUUCCUCCUCCAGGCCAGUAAACACAAAUAUUUCCUCAAGGGUUGAUGAAGACCUUGUAAGUUUUAAUUUGGGAUUAUCUGCUACAAGACAGUAGGAUUUCUAAAAGGCUAAGGUGAUAAGUAAGACUCUUUUUUGAUCUUAGCUUCUUGUAAUACACUCCUUUCUCAGAGAAAUUGGGAGUAAAGGUAUAAAACAAGAGGAAAUAAUACAUCAUAGAAAAUGAAAAUAGGGGAAAGCACUGAAUCAUUUCAGAAAUAGCUAAGCUCUCUGAAAAGGGUGUUCCUUCUUCAAGCCUACUCACUUCACAACUUUGCUCCUGUAGGUUGAAAACUAUAGCUGAAGAAACUCUCUCUGAUUUCAAAUCUUAAGAUGCAAUCUUGCUGACUAUUAUGAUAAUUUGUGAAGUUCUGAUUCUAUUGCUAAAAGGCAAGGGGUUUGGUUCUUAGUAUUUUAGUCUUGCCCUCCUACAUUUGCAAUGUAUAAUACUGAUCAAUGGGCCUCAGGCACAGUUCUUCAGCUACCUUGAGACCAUGAAGUGAACAAUUAUAUUCUAACCCUACAACUUGUCCCCACUGCUUCCCAAAAUUAUUGCUGCUGAUUUGUGCUGCCAUUUACUCAUUUCUUUAAUAAAGACAUUCAAUCCCA